AUGAAUACCAACACCCCGUCACACACGCCCCCUCAGUCAUUGCAUCCCUUCAACGGUACCCCCGAUCAAAUCGUGGCAAGCGACAAAAGCAUCCAAAACGCUCACAAGGCGCUUCUCAAUGUCAUUGUCGCGAAAAAUACUCCAAAGACGGCCACGUUCGAUUCCAUCCUGCGUCCCAUUCUCCUCCUCGAGGACGCCUCCGCGCAAGAGAAAUGGGGAAACUUCAUGUAUCAUAGAGUGUCUCCGUACAAGCCCGUCCGUGAGGCUUCCCGUCAAGCCAGCCUGCGCUCCGACGAGUACGAGGUCGACUGCGGCAUGCGCGAGGAUGUAUUUCGCCUGAUUGACGCGGCGUAUGCUACCAGAGACAGCCAAGGCUUGGACGAGGAGUCGCUUCGUCUUUUGGAGCGCGAGAGACGCAAGUACAUUCAUAAUGGGCUUUUACUUCCCGAGGGACCCCAAAGACUGCGGUUCAAAGAGAUACGUAGACGCAUCGACCAGCUCUGCGGCGAGGCGAUGGAACACCUGGAUGAGAGUACGGCUGGCUUUUGGGCUAAACCGGAAACCCUCGAGGGAGUCUUGGGGAAAGAUAUUGAUAUUAUCGAUCUUGAACAAGGCGUAGGUCCAGAAGAGGGCAAGGAGAGCACACGCAGGGAUUACUUUAUUGCUCAAGCCAAUUUUGCCAACACCAACGCAGCGCUGUUUCAAGAGAUCGUUGCUCUCCGUGAUGAAGCCGCGCGGAUGCUGGGCUACCCAAAUCACGCCAGUCUCAGAAUUGCCGACAAAAUGGCCAAGACACCUGAGACCGUGGACACAUUCCUUCGUGACCUGGUCGAGCGAACCAAGGACGGCGCACAGCGUGAUAUCGCGCAGUUGUUGAGGUACAAACGCCAAUUUUGUCAGGAACACGACCUCGACUUUGACGGGAGGCUGUACCGCUGGGAUAGGCUCUUUUACGAUCGUAUGCGCAAGAAUGCCGAAUUCGGAGUCGACGACCACGAAAUCGCAGAGUACUUUCCCGUCGCGUCCACCAUAGACAAGAUGCUGAGUGUCUUUGCCCGGCUUCUCGGGCUCGUGUUUGUGCGGCUGUCUGCCGAGGACCUCGCGCGUCUGAGCCCGACGGGCCGAGCGGCCGACGUGCUCUGGCACGACGAGGUCCAGAUCCUCGCCGUCUGGGACGACGCGGAAAGCGGCAGCGGCUUCUGCGGCUACCUCUACCUGGAUCUGUUCCCGCGCGCGGGCAAGUACAAGCAGGACAUGACGUUGACCCUGGGGCCCGGCUGCAUCGCGGCCGACGGCGCGCGGCACUAUGCCUCGACGGCGCUCGUCUGCAACCUGACGCGGCCAUCUCUUAAGAAACCCGCGCUGCUCAAGCACGAGGACGUCGUGACCGUAUUCCACGAGCUCGGCCACGCCAUGGCUACACUCUGCGGCCGGACGCGCUACGAGCGCAGCCUGGACCUGCCGCAGGACGGCGUUGAGAUCCCCUCGGCGAUGCUGGAGCACUGGUGCUGGGACGCGCGCGUGCUCGCGCGACUCUCGAGCCACUGGAAGACGGGCGCGGCCAUUCCCGACGAGAUGGUGGCGAGGCUGGCGGGGAUCAAGAGCCUACACGCGACGCUAGGCCUGCAGGGCUCACUGGUACGGCCGCUCUUUGAUCUCCGAGUCCAUACUUUCGCGUCCCGUGAGGAUGCGGAAACUAUUGACUGCGGGGUUCUCUAUAACCAGAUCGAGCAUGACACCUGGAUGCUGAGCGGCCCGGCGGUGGUUGGCAUGGGCAUGAACUGGGGCAAUCUACAUCUGACGUACGAUCAUCUGCUUUCCGGCUACGACGCCGGCUACUACACGUACUGCUGGUCCGAGGUCAUUGCCGCCGACAUGUUCUACUCGGUCUUUCAGCAGGAUCCGCUCAGCAGGACCGAGGGCCAGCGCUACCGCCGCCUCAUUCUCGAACGAGGCGGCAGCAGGGACUUGAUGGGGAGCCUGUGCGAGUUUCUGGGCAGGGAGACCAACCCAGAGGCCUUUCAGAGGAAGGAGCUGGUAAGCAUAUAA